AUGAACGCUGUCAAAGACCGUUUAACUAGAAACAAGAUUUAUACAGAUAUAACAAGUGGGAGCUUUGGAGAAGGAUUAGAGAUGCGAGGCAGUGAUUAUGAUUUUAUGCAGGUUGACAAGAGUAUAGAAGUUUAUGUUAAGAAACCCCCUUUUAAACCAAAUAUAACAUAUGUUUCAAUGGAUACAGACGAUAUUAAGCCGUGUUAUAGUCUGUUGCGGCUUGAACAUAUUAGUGAUUAUUAUAAACCUCUACAUGUUCCAAACUGUGAGGAACUAAAUGGUAAAUAUUAUUUAUCGAGUGCUUUAUUCAAACAUGGGCUCUUAUCUAGUGGUUAUCCAAAAGUUCAUGGACCGUGUCUAACUAAUGAAACUGGGCUGUUGGACCUUGCCGCUUCCUUACAUUGCAAAAAUUGGAUAGCGCCUGCUUUGCAAUGGAUAACAAGAUCAAGUAACGAAUGGCCCAGUCACAAUAUCAAGCAAAGUAUUAUAGAACACGGAGUACUUUUUGUACCAAUCGGAGUUAAGGGAUCACAAAAAGAGAAUCUAGAAUGGCGAAUAUCAUUUUCUGUUGGUGAAAAAAUAUUGAUAAAUACCUUUACACAUACUCAGUUAUUAUGCUAUGGUCUCAUGAAAAUUCUUGUUAAGGAUGUACUUUCCACCUAUUUCGAAUGUAAAGAUUUACUCUGCUCGUAUUUCCUAAAAACAAUUAUUUUCUGGAUUUCUGAAGAACUGCCUCUAUCCGUAUGGACACGUGAAAAUCUAAUACCUUCUUUUAUGCGAUGCUUGAACAGGUUGAUAUAUAGUGUCGAAUAUUCAGUCUGCCUGCAUUAUUUUAUUCCAGAGUACAAUAUGUUUGAGAUUAAAAUAGAGGGACGUCCCCGUAAAAUACUUUUAGAAAAACUUUCUAACUUGCAUAGUUACGGUUGGCAAUGCAUCUUGUUUUCAGAUCAAAUAUUUAACUUUAAUGUAUCAAGGAGGGAUUUUCAUAUAGAAUCUCAUACAUUGUAUGUGCAUUUAGUUGACAAAACAAUAAGGUCAGGUUUAAUGUUUGUGGCAAAUAUCCUCGUUUGCGCAAUACCAACACACGACGGGGGUGUAUUCAGUAGAGGAAUACAACAUAUUGCUUCAUCUGACAAAUCUUCGAUAAAGUACUUAUUUGCAUACUACAUGUCAAAAUUACGUGCAUUAAAUGCCCAAUAUCUACCCCAGGACAUUGAACACAUCAAUAAUAAAUAUAAUUACAAACAGUACAAAACAUGUAUCUGUACUCUGCUGCAGAGUAUCUAUCAUGACGCUGUAUCUGGAUGGCUUAUGUUAGCUUCGUUGUUUUACAAGGAACAUCGAUAUACUGAAGCUUUAGAAAUCAUCCGGUAUUCUAUUGCGAAAUUCACUCCGGAAAAACUGUACCACUUCAUGCAUGUGUCGGAUGUUUUGUACCCAAUGCUAAAACUUAAAUCGAUUCGGAAGAAAUGUAUUGUUAAUCUGUGGAAAUACUUUCUUAUAGAUAUUAUUCAAUUUACAAGGAAUUCUAUAUUGAUACCGGAUGAACUACUGUUAGACGUGAAUGAAGCACCGUUUUUUCUUGCGUCUUCAGUGUAUGCUUAUUUCCUCAAUUUUCUUUGUCAUUAUCAUCUUAACAAUGUCAGACAAUGUAAGUUUUCCCUUCACAGUCUACAAAUGGUUAUACAAGAAAAUUAUUAUUUCAAAGCUCAGGCCUUCACCAUUCUUGGUGUUGCCUUUCAAUUAUUCGGUGAUACUGAAUCAGCACGACAAGCAUUCUUACAUUCUGUUAAUUUAGAGCCAGGUCAUUUGGAUAAUUCUGCCGUAAAAAGACUCAUGUUCAUGCGUUAA